CUUAAAUAUUACGGCUCUGCAAGUGUUCCAAAAAAUCGAAGUCUCAAUGAAUAUUUGCCAAUAGUUAUGAACACAAUUUCAAAGUUGUGGCAGCAGGCAAACAUCCCUAUAGUUACAAGAACUACGCUCCGGAGAAACAUUGAAAGCCUCCUUCAAAGUUAUUACAAUGUAAAAAAACAUCCUUAUGAAUAUAUUGGCUCUUGGGAAUUACGCAAUGAUCAGCGUUAUUUAUUUGAUAUGGUUUUGGCAGUAAAUAAUGGUGAAUGCGAUGAAUAUCUCGCUAGUAAGAGCCCCGGUCCCGUCAGUACAGCUCGGUGGCUUACAACAGCUUCCAAGUUACUUCGGGUAUAUGUUUCCAAAGAAAGCCCGUCAGCGGAGUUGCGAAACAUGGUAGAGUUUGUUGUGAAAGUUUAUGCACCAUUCUGGUUUCUUGUAAAGAGCCAGCCACAAGCAAUUCAUGGAAGUAGACACGUUUUUAAGUAUAUUUGCUGGAUACGCGAACUAUCAAAUGCUGUUCAAGCCAUUAUACGUUCAGCUAUAGAAAAUAAUGCAUAUUAUUUUCACCCAGAAAAUAUAUUAUUAGCCAUGAUAACCGACGCUGAUCCAGAGAUACGUAAUGAUGGGUACGAAAAAAUCAAAACAGCACGUCAAUAUCCACCAGCAGGGCUUCGCGUGUUCAAGGUCCCAAAGCGUGGCGUAAUAAACUUUGAAAGUAAGUCGUAUGUCAGCAUGAUCGAUUGGAGUCAGUUUAAGAUUACGGAACCCCCUUGUGUGCAGUUCUACCCAGAUAGUGAACUUACAAUGUUUCAAUUUUCGGAAAAUGAAGUGAUAAAUAUCCCAGGUAAAUAUCUUCAAACUAAAAACUUCACGGGUCUUAUAGUACUUUUAAAUCAUUUUUUUUUAGAGUUCCUCUGUCAUUCCCAGAAUACCGAACGGUUUGUGCGUGUUGUUAGUGAGUCUGCAAGUGCUGUCACUGAUGAAAAGCGCCUGGGCCACAUUUUUGCAAAAUUAGAAAGCCGAGACCAAUAUAAAAGCCUUGAUUCGCGCCAAAAUUUGCUUAAGUAGCAAUAAAUAUUGUAAGUGAAAUAACUUUUUUGUUGAUUAUUUUAGUAAUAUAGUUUGAAGGCAACAUUUUCUUGAAUUUUUAAGUA